GAUAGAGAGCAGUUUUCUGAUCACCUCAACCUUAUACAGACUCAGAGAAAUCCAGACAAGCAGAUCAAUACAUCAAAUCUAAUCAGUGUCCAGGACCUGCUAUUGGCUUCCACAGGCUCUUGAGCAAAUCAGCUCUCUAUGGACGCCUUAAAGCCUAAAGCGAGCAGUAAGGUUGCCACACGGGCCACAGCACCCACCAGUCCCCACAAGGGCCCACCCAGGUUCAAACAGAGGUCAACACGGCAGUUCAAGAGCAAACCCCCCAAGAGAGGUGUCAUUGGAUUUGGCGAAGAAAUUCCUGGAAUGGAGGGCUUGGGAACAGACUUUAAUGUGAUCUGUCCAUGGGAGGCUUUUAGUCAUCUGGAGUUGCAUGAACUCGCCCAGUACGGCAUCAUAUGAGGUCACUUCCUCGUUCCACACCUCCCACUACACACAUCGAUUGCAGAUUAUCUUUAAAUCAUCAUCAGCCGAUAGAUGACAACAUCCCACACCUUAAUAUGUCAUUUAAAUAUUCAUGUAUAACAAUGUCUUCAGUUUAUCUUUGGUAGAAGUUUGGUUAGUACUCUUCAAAUAAUGAUUCAAAAUAAAGUUUCUUGUACAACUACAUCUGUCGCCAAUUUCAAAGAGCUAGUUCACGCAAAACUGAAAAUUUUGACUUUAUUAACUCACCCACAUGUCGUUUCAAUCCUGAAUGAAAGAAUAGGUUCAGAACAACAUGAGGGUAAAUAAUGAAAGAAUUUUCAUUUUUGGGUAAACUAUUGCUGCAUAGUGCAUCUACACCAGCGGUAAAGGUAACCCGGAUACUUGGACUCACCAACUAUCCUUUUAAAUUUCCAUCAUUAUUUCAUACUUUUUGUAUUGUUACUUAAUUAUUAUGAGUAUUAGCAUUGUCAUAUUGACUUGCUUUUUUCAAGCUUUUAUUUCCAUGUUACACUGCAAACAUUAAUGUACAAAGUGUGGCAGCAGUUGAACUGUAGAAUCUUUUUUUAUUAUGGAUGUUUAUGUUUUCAUUUUGUCAAGCUGCCAAGUUAUGUCUUGUACAAAGUUUGUUUGGGUGCUGUGGGGUCUCAGCGUCUGCUCAUGGGGCGAGUACUGGGAGCAGCUCUCUGCGAAUUUGGUCGGUUUAUUGGCCUUAUGAUGCCGGAGAACUGUACAAGAUUGAGUUGAUAUGCAAGACCUGAUCUGACUCAAUUCCCAGCAGAACAGAAUGAGUUUGAAUAUUUAAUAAAGCUUGAUAAUUUUCAUACUUUUUAA